AUGGAGCCUCAAGUACAGAAACUGGUAGACAAGGUGCGGAAGAACUACCUAAGUACACCUCAGGACCAGCGCCUGUUAAUCGGAAUCGGCGGCAUCCCAGGCUCAGGCACGUCCACCCAAAUAAACCCUCACCCAUUGAUUCCCAUCAUCACUAACAAACCACCAGGCAAAACAACACUCGCCCAAACCAUCACCUCCAAACUCAACGCCCUCGCCGCAUCCUCCCCAAAUGCUUCUCCCCCAGCAAUCUUCGUCCCCAUGGACGGCUUCCACCUCACCCGCGCCGAGCUCUCCGCCAUGCCAGAUCCAGUAACCGCCCAUGCUCGCCGCGGCGCCCCCUACACAUUUGACGCGCAAAAGUUCCACACGCUGGUGCAAUCACUAAGAAAACCCAUUUCGUCUGAGCAAACGAUAUACGCUCCCUCUUUUGAUCACGCUGUGAAGGACCCCAAGGAGAAUGACAUUGCCGUGCUGCCGACGCAUCGCAUUGUCGUUAUUGAGGGGAACUACGUGGCGCUGAAUAAGGAGGUGUGGCGGGAUGCUGCGUUGUUGUUUGAUGAGCUGUGGUUUGUGGAGGUUGAUUUUGAGGUGGCGAGGAAGAGGUUGAGGGAGAGGCAUGUGCGAGCAGGCAUUGCUCAGACUAUAGAGGAGGGUGAUAAGAGAGCUACGGAGAAUGAUUUGGUUAACGGGAAGGAGAUUGUGGAUUGUAGAUUGCAAGUACAAGAGCUGAUAACAAGUAGAGAAGACGGCACGUGGGUUCAUGAAUAG